AUGUUACUAGUAACCCGAGCCCAGUCGGACCCCGUCGAGUCACGAACCACGGCGGUUGUCGUAGUCCUAACGGUCGGAACGAUAUUAUCUACAGCGGCGGUGCUUCUCAGGGUGUACUCCCGUUACAUACUCCUCCGGGCUUUCGACAAGGAUGAUGCUGUGAUAGUUGGCGGCCUGGUCUUCCUUCUCGCAACGUCCGUUGCCAUUGGUCUCGAGUGCCAUUAUGGUUUGGGAACCCAUAUAUCAACGGUUGCGGAAGAAGAUGUCGUACCGUACUUGAAGGUUGGUCUUGCCACGAUAUCGGGUCUGGAUUUACGCUCACAGCUUCAGGCAUUCUAUGUGUCGACCAUCACCUACAGCGUCGCCAUCUACCUCGUCAAAAUCUCGAUAAUUCUGCAAUACUGCCGCAUAUUCAAAGACACUCGUUUCUACACCGUCAGCUAUGCUAUGAUGAUUGGCCUGUCGGUGUGGACGGUCGUGAUGGGAUUUUUGCUCACUUUCAUCUGUGUCCCGGUCAGCCUCUUUUGGGAACCCGACACACCUGGAACCUGUAUGAACCGACUGGCACUGUGGCUAUCAAUCGCCGUGAUCAACAUGGCGACCGAUAUUACGUGCUUUGUCAUGCCAAUACCGUCGAUCCUUCGAUUGCAGAUGCGAAAGAAUCAAAAAAUCUUCCUAGCAGGCAUUUUUGCUCUGGCUCUCUGCCCCUGUGCGAUCUCUGCGUAUCGCAUCCAGACACUGAGCGCCGCUGCACAAUCAUCGGACUCGACGUGGGACAAUGCACUGGCUGCAAUAUGGACAUUCGUCGAGCUAAGCACUGGCACAAUCGCAGCCUGUCUACCAACUUUCCGCCCGGUCAUGGCAAGACUUAUGCCUCGUGUUUUCAGCUUUUCGAGCCCGAGGGGCUAUGCACAGAAUUCCGAGUCGGCACGUCGGCAGUACGCAAUCUCUCGGCACUCGACAUACAUCCACAUGCGAGGGAAAAACUCGUCCAAGCAUGAUACGGCAAGUCGGAACUUGAGUUCCGCGGACGACAUUGAAUGUAGUCCUUGGGAACAGGACGAAGCGCCUCUGACCAAGCCAGGUCAAGUCUCAAAUCCAGAGCUAUUGAGGAAAGGGCAAAACGUUUCUUGA